AUAUUUUCUCUGCAGAAUUAUUAUUAGUUCUUAAUUUUCACUGAGCCUUAUUCUCUCUUUCUCAUGUUCCCGUUCUUAAGUGGUCGGGGAAAGUUUAGGGAUUUCUUUGUCGCCGGUGUGAUUGAGUUGAUGCGCGCAAUGGUGAGGGCAGAAUGAGACUUGGGCAAGGGGAACCGAUAUUGAAGGCGAUAUAAGCGGGGAUUAGCCUAAGUUUCUGUUUCUGAAAUAUCGAGGUUAUGAUAGUUGGUGAAAAUGGAUUUGGUGGCAUUGGAGUUUUGAUAGGAAGUGUUGUAGUUUGGUGAAUCGAUGGACUUGGUAAUACCCAAAAUACAGUUUUGCUCAUAUAAUCACUUCCACCGAGAAAGCUGUAGCAUUGGUUCUUCAUUCAAUUCGGUGAGAGUAUGUAAUAUGGCCUGCAGAUCUGAAUUAUUUGUUCUGCUUCGUGAUAUUAGGGCUAUUUACAUUGGAAAACCUAAUGGCACUUGCUCUAGAAAGCAUUUGGGCAGUUGCUUGUUUGCUGUUUCCAAAUAUGAAAAUUGCGGUUUGAAAGGUAAUCUUCAACAAUUUGAAAGAUUCCCAAAAGGUGAUUUAAAUGGGAUGGAAUCCUACCCAGAUGGGGUCAAUUCUUCCCUGAGUUUUGAGGAUUCUGAGAAUGAUCAUCUCCGCAUGUUGAUUAAAAACGGGGAAUUGGAAGAAGGUUCUAAGUUUCUUGAGUAUAUGACUAACAAAGGCAGUAUGCCUGACGUCAUUGCUUGUACUGCUUUAAUUCAUCAGUUCUGUAAGAUUGGCAGGACUAAGAAGGCAACUCAAAUAAUGGGAAUUUUGGACGAGUCUGGAGCAGUUGAUGUAACAAUGUACAAUGUUCUGAUCGGUGGUUAUUGCAAAUCUGGGGAGAUAAAGGAAGCCUUGCGGGUUUUAGAUCGGAUGAGUGUUACUCCAAAUUCUGAUACUUAUGAUACAAUUUUUCAUAGCUUGUGUGAUAGAAGGAAAUUGAAGCAAGCCUGGGAAGUCUCUGACAUAGAGCUGCAAAGCAAGUGUUACCCAGAUGUAGUUACGUACACUGAAUUGAUUGAUGCCACCUGUAAAGAAAAUGGUGUUGGUCAGUCAAUGAAGCUGUUAAUUGAGAUGAUGAGCAAAGGAUGCAAGCCUAAUGUGGUUACAUACAAUGUUCUUAUAAAAUGGAUAUGCAAUGAAGGUAGGUUGGAUGAAGCAAUUAGAUUUUUAAACAAAUUGCCAUCCUAUAGUUGUAAUCCUGAUGUGAUUUCUUAUACUAUUAUCUUGCACAGCUUGUGUAGUGGUGGAAGAUGGAUGGAUGCUAUGAAACUAUUGGCUAGCAUGCUUCGCAAAGGGUGUUCCCCAAGUGUUGUUACUUUCAAUAUCUUGAUUAAAUUCUUUUGCCAAAAAGGAUUACUAGGUAAAGCCCUUAAUGUCUUGGAGAUGAUGCCAAAGCAUGGUUGUAAACCUAAUUCCAGAAGUUACAAUCCAUUGAUUGAAGGGUUUUGUAACGAGAAAAGUGUUGAUAGAGCAAUUGAGUACUUAGAAAUAAUGGUAUCCAGGGGAUGUUACCCAGAUAUAGUGACCUAUAACAUUUUUCUGACUGCAUUAUGCAAAGAUGGGAAGGUGGAUGAUGCUGUUCAGAUACUGAACCAACUAAGUUCCAAGGGAUGCAUUUCUUCUUUAAUCACUUAUAAUAUAGUGAUUGACGGGCUUUUGACAGUUGGAAAAACAGAGCGUGCUGUGGAACUCUUUGAAGAGACGAGCAGAAAAGGUCUUGAACCUGAUAUAAUUACUUACAGUACAAUCAUUGAUGGGCUUUUAAAGGUGGGAAAAACUGAACAUGCUCUACAACUCUUGGAAGAGGUGUGCAGAAAGGGUAUGAAGCCUAAUCUAAUUACUUUCACAUCCGUGGUAGGUGGGCUCAGUCGUAUAGGAAAGGUUCAUGAAGCAAUACAAGUUUUCAAUUAUCUGGAAGGAUUAGGUAUUACACCCAAUGCAUUCAUUUAUAACUCAAUAAUGAUGGGACUAUGUAAAACUCAGCAAACCAGCCGUGCCAUUGAUUUUCUUGCUUAUAUGGUAGCAAAUGGAUGUAAACCUACUGAGGCUACCUAUAAAAUUCUUCUAAAAGGCAUUACUUGUGAAGGAUUUCCUGAGGAGGCUUCCAAGUUAUGGAAUGAGUUGUACUCCAAAGGACUCGUAAAGACAAGUUUGGUGGAAAAAAUAACAGUCAAGAUACAGAAGAAAACAUCAAUGACAACAGCAAAAUCAACCCAUUAAGUUGUGUUGUUUAGGUUACUUGGCAACAUGGUUUGGUCGAUCCCUCUUGAGUUCUGUCAAUACCAAACUAUCAAUAAAAUCAACUGUGAAUUUUGAUAUAUAUAUAUAUAUAUAUAUACACACGAAGCAAUCUAUAUGUAAGAUACAAUGCACUACUAAAUAGUUCUUCCCAUUUGUGCACUUAGAUUUAGUUGUCCUUCUGUCUUAGUAGUGUCCUCUGCUCACUUGGUCCAGAUUAUAGAUUUUUUAUGUUUUAGGGAGAGCAGAUAGUAAAUUUUAAGUAGAUUUUGUUGAGCUUUUACUUAUGGUGAAACGAAAAAGACUAGGUCAAUUUGGUGACUGCCCCCUUCCCUAAAAAUGAAACUCAAGCUUUUCCUUGUUCUAUACAAAAAAUAAAAGAUCUUGGAGCUCAACUAUGGUUUGAUUGAAAUAAAAUUCUGACCUAUUUGUGUCAGCAAAUUA